AUGGCUGACGCCGCUUCAUCCCUGGCGCAGGACACUGCCAAUCUCCACCUGGACGAGGUCACCGGCGAGCGAGUGUCCAAGUCGGAAUUGAAGAAGCGACAGAAGUUGAGACAACAGGAGGAGAAGAAGAGAGAAAAGGCCGCUGCGGCACCGCCCAAGGUCGAGAAGAAGAAGGCGUCAAGCGCCGAAUUAGACGAGAGCAAUCUCAACCCCAACCAAUAUUUCGAGAUCCGAAGCAAGCGGAUCAACCACCUACGAGAGACCAAGUCACCCAAUCCGUAUCCUCACAAGUUCCAAACCAACACCGACGUGCGCAAGUUCGUGGAGGAAUAUGCGGACCUCAAGCCCGGCGAGCAGAAGAAGGAGAUUGAAGUGCGCGUGGCAGGACGAGUGUACACCAAGCGCGCGGCCGGGGCCAAGCUGGUCUUCUACGACAUCAAGGGCAACGGCACCAAGGUGCAGAUCAUGUGUCAAGCACAAGAGGCCAAGGGGGAGGUUGAUUUUGAAGCCCAACAUGAACACCUACGGCGCGGAGACAUCAUCGGUGUCGUGGGAUACCCGGGUCGAACCGCGCCCAAGAACCGUCCCAAUGAUGGGGAGCUGUCGGUCUUCGCGACCGAGGUCAUCCUCCUCACGCCAUGUCUCCACCAAAUCCCGUCGGAGCAUUUUGGGCUGCAAGACGUCGAGACCCGAUUCCGCCAGCGGUACCUCGAUCUGAUCAUGAACGACAAGUCGCGCAACAUCCUGCUCACGCGAGCCAAGAUCGUCUCGUAUAUCCGCCGAUACUUCGAUUCCAACGGGUUCGUCGAGGUCGAGACACCGAUGAUGAACUCGAUCGCGGGCGGCGCCACGGCCAAGCCCUUCGUCACCCACAUCAACGAGUACCACCAGGACAUGUUCAUGCGGAUCGCCCCCGAGCUGUACCUGAAGAUGCUGGUGGUGGGCGGGAUCGAGCGCGUCUACGAGCUGGGAAAGCAGUUCCGCAACGAAGGCGCCGACUUGACGCACAACCCGGAAUUCACCACGUGCGAGUUCUACGAAGCCUACGCGGACGUCUACGACGUGAUGGACCGCACGGAGGAACUGGUGUCUGGCUUGGUCAAGGAGGUCACCGGCGGCCACAAGACGACGUUCCACACGCAGCACGGCGAGGUGUACGAUGUUGACUGGUCGCGGCCGUGGAAGCGAGUCGACAUGAUCCCGGCCCUGGAGGAGGCCACCGGCGAGACAUUCCCGCCGGGCGACCAGCUGCACACGGCGGAAACGAAUGACUUCCUCAAGCGCGUCCUCAAGAAGGUCGGCGUCACCUGCCCGCCGCCCGAGACCAACGCGCGCAUGCUCGACAAGCUGGUCGGCGAGUUCAUCGAGGAGAAGUGCGUCAACCCGACCUUCAUCACGGGCCACCCGCAGAUGAUGUCCCCCUUGGCCAAGUACCACCGGUCGCGGGCCGGCAUUUGCGAGCGCUUCGAGGCCUUUGUGUGCAAGAAGGAGAUCGUCAACGCGUACACCGAGUUGAACGACCCGUUCGACCAGCGUCUGCGCUUCGAGGAGCAGGCUCGCCAGAAGGCCCAGGGUGACGACGAGGCCCAGAUGAUCGACGAGAACUUCUGCACCAGUCUGGAGUUCGGCCUGCCUCCCACGGGUGGCUGGGGCAUGGGCAUCGACCGCAUGGUCAUGUUCUUGACCGACAACUACACCAUCCGCGAGGUCGUGGCCUUCCCCUUCAUGAAGGAGGAAAAGCCCGGCGACAAGACCAAGGAGCUGGCUGCCGAGGUCGUCGAUGUCACCCCUCUGCCUGAAGAAGGAAUCGCCCACAAGUAA